CUCAUUAAUCCUGGAGAUUUAAGCCGCGAAUAUUGCUUUCGAAUCAGUCCCUCGGUGUUCUUGAAGCCAUCGACAACAACAGCCCGGACAUUUCGCGACUCGUUUUUGGAGCUUUAGAUAGUUGUCUCCACCUUCGGCAUCUAUACCUAGCACCGCUACCCCGCGUUUUCGGUCGGUCUCCGUUAUAGGGGGCACGGCGCGUGCCUCACUUCCGACUUGGCUGCAGAGGGCAAUUGCGCGUAAAUUCCGCAGUCGCUCCGUAUAAAGAGCUGUGCCAGAAGGAUUUCAAAUAAUUGCCUCGGAAGGAAUUAUUUGUUGGCAAUGAUGGCUACAGUUGAGAAGAACCCCGAAGCCGGCCUAACUGAGAAUGACCUGGCCGAGGAAAACCAGACGGUUCAUUUAAAGCCCGAGAUCCAAAAACAACUUGUGCGGAAAAUAGAUAUGAACUUAAUGCCCCUAGUUUUGUGUCUAUAUCUCCUCGCCUUCCUUGAUCGGUCAAAUAUUGGCAAUGCUCAAACAGCAGGCAUGGGUAAAUCCCUAGGCUUGAGUGAUGGCGAAUACCAAUGGCUCCUCACAAUCUUUUACAUUCCGUAUAUUACAUUUGAAUGGCUAGCUUUGAUGUGGAAGCUUAUCCCGCCACAUAUAUGGGCUUUCAUAACCGUUUUUACUUGGGGCCUUGCUUCUACCCUUCAGGCAGCGGCCUUUAACUGGUCUGGCAUGAUGGUUUGCAGGUUCUUUCUUGCGAUAGCAGAGGCAGGUUAUGCACCCGGCAUCCCGUACCUCCUCUCAUUUUACUAUAUGCGAAAUGAGCUCGGCUUACGCUGCGGCAUAUACUUCGCUGCUGCCCCGUUAGCAACCUGCUUUGCGGGAGCUCUUGCCUAUGGAAUCACUUCAGGCCAUGCUGCACUCGAUAAUUGGAGGCUGCUAUUCUUGGUGGAAGGACUGCCAUCAAUCGCGAUAGCUUUUGUCGCCUUCUAUUUCAUGCCAGACUCCCCUGAAAAAGCAAGGUUCUUGAACGAGGAAGAAAAAGAGGCCGCUAGGGCGCGUGCAAUUCGCCAGGUUGGCCAAGAGGGCGCUACUCGAGUGGGCUCUAUCAACCUCAAAGAGGUUGGAUUAGCGCUCAUGGAUAUUAGGAACUGGCUCACUGCUCUCAUGUACUUCUCAUGCAAUGUCAGCUUCUCGUCGCUCCCUGUCUUCCUCCCCACAAUCCUUGAGGGAAUGGGCUACAAGUCAAUCAAUGCGCAGGGACUCUCUGCCCCGCCCUACUUCUUAUCAUUCCUAGUGUUAAUCUCCAGCACAUGGAUCGCCGACAAGACACAGCAGCGUGGCCUAAUGAUCAUUGGCCUUUCUGUGAUUGGCGGAACAGGUUAUAUCAUUCUCGCAACAGUGACUUCAACCGGAGUCCGAUACUUCGCCAUAUUUCUCGCCGCAGCAGGAAUCUUCCCUGCAAUAGCUAAUAUCUUGCCCUGGGUUUUAAACAAUCAAGGCACAGACUCAAAACGCGGCGCUGGCAUGGCAUUGCUAAAUAUUAUAGGGCAAUGCGGCCCGUUGUUGGGCACUCGGAUUUAUCCAAAAUCUGAAGGUCCAUUCUAUACAAAAGGAAUGUCAAUUUGUGCUGCAUUCAUGUUUUUCAACGGCUUUCUGGCCCUUGUGUUGAGGACAUUGCUUCAGAGACAGAAUAAGAAGCUUGAGGAAGAAGAACGAGGGGUAACCCAGGCGGCCGGAGGCGAUGAGAAAGAACCGACUCUUGCUAUCGAAAACGAGGGAACAUUUGGCUAUAGAUAUAUAUUGUAGCUAUAGCGAAAGGAAAAUGUGUGGUGAAGCUGCUAUCUGUGUGUUAGAAUUGGGUUUUAAGAAAUUAGAAUUCUGUGGCUCAAUGGGAUUGGUGUAACAAGAAGCUACCAAUCACAAAUAUCGAUGAGAUCCGUCAACCAA